CCCGUUAUCUCUGUGCGUGGUGUCAAAGAAAAGAUACGCGUCGCCAGGAGAGCCUAUCGGAGCUGCUUUCGGCGUUGUGUGUGUAUAUAUCGCCCAUAAGUGUUAGUGGCCCGUCUUCGGGCGAGCGUGUAACGCCGAGGAAUUAUUAUUAAUAUGUGCUCGCGUGGAAGAAGCGUUCGGAAGCUGCCGACGUCGGACCUCGUCUCGAAUGAAGACGCUAGGCACUACCGAUAUUUCCUGUAAUCGGCAGCACUUGGGUUCUCCCAAGGUCGACGCAUCUUCCCUCGAUGAGAGCGACGCAGAAGGCUGGCGCCAUGAUGAAAUUCCAGGGCUUGCAAACCAGGGCGCCCGCUGGUGCGACCACGGGUCCGAAUAAAACGACAUGCCUCCAACUCGGCUGAGACUCGACCGCUCGGAGCUCGUCGCGACCCUCUGCUUGUCAUCGACUGCUAUUCAGCGCGCACAUGUAGUUGGCCAGACAGCGAUGCUGGCCGCUCUACGGGCGAAAGGCGCGGCCAUGUUGGUCCGCGGCAAUCGCCGAGGACAGGCGCCGGCCAUCUUGCUGGCGGCCAUGUUGUUGUCGUGCGCGCCCUCCGUGGCUCUAUCGGCGGAAAGCUGGUGCAACCUCGAGGACGAGGACCCGGACUCGAAGUGGUACUGGCGCGUGGACGAGUACCCCCACCCGUUGACGCAACCGCGGUACUGCAACCGCUAUAGGCCGUCGUUUGUCUGUGACCCGGACCGCGUCAUGACCAAGAAACAAGCUGACGCCCUGGACGGAAUAAUCGAAAGAAUCAGAAACGAGACGCUCUGCAUCUGCCCGACGUGCAGCAAAUCUCACGCCAGGGGCAUCACAUUGGGCGUUGCCAUCAUGGAGCAUUUUCACAGGGUCAACAAUCAGCCGGUCGAAGAAGCAGUGCGCGUGUUCGCGGAGACCCUGCGCAAAAAGUGGAACCUGGGAAAUUGCGACGACGACAUACUGCUUCUGAUCUCGACCAAGGACACUAUGUCGACCACGCUUGUGGGGCCCGCCGUGUCGGACGUAUUCCCGCAGGAAGUGGCAGACCAAAUCUACCUGGAGAGCCGCGGCCACUUCUCCAACUGCAACUUCUAUCUGGGUCUCGAGUCUAUGGUACAGUCGUACUUCGACAUGCUUCGCAGGCUCCAACUCAAGGGUCUGGUCGGUGCUCGCUUGCAGCCGACGGCUGGCGCCAGUGCGGGCGUCAUCGUCGGCAUCGUGUUUGGGGCCCUUGCCGGUCUGCUUCUCGCCGUCGCCGCUGUGCUGCUGCUGGUGCGCCGAUGCGACGCGCCGGCCAUCUCUAGCAAGAGCAUUCCUGAGGCCUGGCGUAGGAUGCGCACCCUGAGAACGGGGGCGAGGCCAGGCGCCCCACAUUCGGCUCUGCACAACAACACCAAGGCACCUCCGCCUGCGGCAGUGCCUUACCGUAUCAAGGUUCCAGCCACUGGUACAGCGGCUUCUGAACGGGUGGAAGUGACUGUCCCGUUGACUUCCGGUCUGCUGCUUCCGCCAGCACCGCCUUGUACUCGCACUCCGCCGCUCAGCAACGGACGCUACGAUGUUCCGACAGGCGGCUGCGACACGCCGGGGGGUCUCGACCCCAGCGACCCGAGUGACAGUUCAGACGACGAAAGGUCGACGACCGACAGCGACGACGAAGACUGCAGCAGCUGCGGCUCGAGUACUAGUGACGGUCACGAGAACAAUUCGGCUGUCAUUUCAUCAAGUGCCGAAACAAGAGUCACGGUUUGAAUGCCGUUAUCUGUGGGACAAGACAAUCGGCAAGUGAUUUUUAAAGAGGGUAUGUGUGAGAGAGAAACACAAAGACAGUUAAGCGAAGAGAGGAAAGGUAAGAAAUGUCACAGACGAACCUUGUGGUUUGCUAUCCUUCAAAUUUGAAAAGAAGUGAAGGGGUGAGAACAAAUACACAAGAGAAAACGAAAUCGCUUAUUGUCCGAUCACAGGAAGCUGUACAAGAAGCCCACAAGAAGAGUCGCAGAGACCUGUCGACUUCAAGCAGCAAUGUCAUCAUUACUCCUUGCGCAAUUGGCCCAUGCGGCCGUGUUCCAAGAAACUUGGCUUUCGAAAAUGGUUUGGGGUCCACAGUCAGUUUAAUGUUGUCCCCGUAGGCGUUUCCCAUCAGUGGGAACAAAACUCCGUCUCGGUGCCCCCUCUUCCCCUCCCUUCCGCCAUUUAGUUGAUUCCAAGAAACAUCGUUCUUAACAAUUAAUGGAACGACGUGAUUGUGAUAACGACCUGCCUUUGGUGCUUAGCUUUUCAGGUGUAAAGAUUGGGAGCAAACAACUCGUAGAACGCAACAUCAGGGGAAGUCGGCAGCUAUUAUUUUCAGAAACCUGCAUGGUCAUUACCCUGCUGUUUAUACCAUAAUGGUACAGGUCCGACUGAGUAAACAAACAGU